AUGGGCGCGCCCGCCCCGCCCGCAUCCCAUCCUAAUCCGCCGUCCAACCCCACCGCUGCGGCGUCGAACCUCUCCCCAUCGUCGCCUCCUUCCGCCCGCUCACCGCGUUCUCCAACCUCUUCCUCUCAUUCGCCCGCGUCUGACGCUUCGGAAGCUUCAUCGGACCACUCUCCUACCGCCUCCCCAACCCGCUCCUCCGCUUCAACGCCCUCCCCGUCACCGCAACACCAUCACGACUCCCACCGAUCCCCCACCACCCGCCUACCGCCCCCACCGGCUGCCCCCACGCCUCCCGGUCUCUUUAACCUUGGAAACACGUGCUACCUCAAUUCUGUCGUCCAGGUUCUAUAUCAUAUCCACACCUUCCGGACAUCUCUCCUAUCUUACGCACCGGCACACCAUCAAGACCCUCUUCUCGAUUCCUUCGCCUGCGAGCUCACCUGCUCUCUCCGGAAAGUCUUUCUCACACUCGACGAUGCCUACGCCGCCGCUCUCAGAGAACGCUCGUCUUCUCAUCCCGGCCCUGAUUCGACCAUCCCCAACGAUCCUCAUCUCACUGUUUAUUCCAACACCGCAAACCAUAACGACGAACUAAUUCGCGAAAAUGUCGACUAUGUCGAGCCACAAAAUAUUAUCAACUUGCUCCGCGAUCAUGAGCGUUGCCUCGAAUUUGACGCACGUGGUCAGCAAGACGCUCACGAGUUUCUUCGCUUCCUCCUGGACAAAGUCAACGACUGCAUGCAAAUGGACAAUGAAGAAACCCCAGACCCCGUCCCACGCCCUGAAACCAAACUGGACAGUCUUAACCACAUGCCUCACAACUCUUGUACAUACCCCGCGCUACCUCAAGACUUACCCCCACUUCAAUCAACGUCAUCAAGCGCACCAACAAAUACUGGCUCCUCGUCUACAACCCCUACCCCCACAUGCCCCUCCCCAUCCAGCCUGCCGUAUCUCAACGGUCAUCUUCAGACGAAGCAACCUACGGACUCGUCUGACCAUACCACUCAGGCGCCGGCAUGGGAGCAUGCCGCAGCCCAUCAGCAUAUGACUGACUAUGAUCAUGCGGAUCGCUCCAGAGAGACGCAUGGUGCGACACCGACAACCGCUGCAACGUCUCUGUUAUCACAUAUUGCUAGUUCUGUCCGCGCUCCUAAUCGACUUGGUGUGAAGGAUGAAGAUGAGCAGCCAUCACCAACAGCAAAGCGACGCCGCUUCGAUUCGCCGAGCGAAACAGAGGCAGCGUCGCCGUGCAAAAAGCUGCGACGUGAAGGCCCUGUUUCACCCAGUGAUGAUCAGCAAAGAACGAGUGACAAAAACGAUAAGAGUUCCGCAUCGUCUCCAAAUCGUGGCACACCACUUAGAAACGGCUUCGCAAGAAGCGAAAAAGUUUCAUCACACGGUACAUCCCCGGCAUUGACGGACGAGCGACCAGCAAGACGCUACAGACGCAACCUAGUCCCAGACUUGUUUCAAGGCCGCGCUGUCACUGCAACGAGAUGUUACGAAUGUGAGUCUCAGUCGAAGCGUCCUGAAAUGUUUCUUGAUGUAUCUCUGCCAGUAGAACAUGGCAAGUCCCUGGAUUGGGCUCUCUCGACACAAUGCGUCGAGGAACAACUUCUUGGCCCUAACAAAUACCAUUGCGACGUCUGCAAAACUUACACUGAGGCAAAGCGAUGGUGGCAAGUCGCUUCACUUCCAGAAGUGCUCACUGUGCACCUCAAACUUUUUGCUUACGGCAGUCGGUUGACGGGAAUCGGUGGGAAGGUAUCUGUCGCAAUGCCAUGCCCAGUCCGGACGAAGCUGGCAGAGUGGUGUGAUACGGAUUGCCGAGAACGGAACGAUGAAUACAUUUUGACAGCUGUAAUUGUGCAUGAGGGCACUGGUGCUUCUUCGGGACACUACUAUACAUACAUUUGCAAGACUGAGCAAACUCAGCAAUGGUAUUGUUUUGAUGACUCUUUGGUGACCGCUGUUUCCGAAGAGGACUUAAAGCAGAGGCUUUUCACGUCUAUGAAGACGAAACGGACGGCUUAUCUACUGUUCUACAGCAAUGCUAGUGAUCUCAAAGCCCAUGCGACUCACAGAGCCUCGAAAAGUGAGAGAGCUGCCGGUGUGCUGUGA